UAUAAUCCUAAUUAAUCUAUCUAUAUUGAUAUGUCUGUAGCAAAUAAUUAUGUGUCUAGCUGUAGCACUUUACUAUCAUAUUUCAAUGAAAAUAAUGAUCACACGAUAUUUCAUCAAGUUUACAAUACAAUGCGUCUCAAACCGGUAAUGGCGACAUGUAUAGUGAAUGAGAGACAGUAGAUGUGCACAGUAUGGCGGCGGCGACUCGUCAGCGCGCUGCUCGACUGUGUGCUGAUGAAGAGACUUAAGCUCGCCGUCAGGAGGUGGCGGAGGAUGCGCCUCUUCCGGAAGAAGGAGGGUGAGUAGGGAUGGGAGACAGCAGAUGUGCACAGUAUGGCGGCGGAGGCUCGUCAGCGCGCUGCUCGACUGUGUGCUGAUGAAGAGACUUAAGCUCGCCGUCAAGAGGUGGCGGAGGAUGCGCCUCUUCCGGAAGAAGGAGGGUGAGUAGGGAUGGGAGACAGCAGAUGUGCACAGUAUGGCGGCGGAGGCUCGUCAGCGCGCUGCUCGACUGUGUGCUGAUGAAGAGACUUAAGCUCGCCGUCAAGAGGUGGCGGAGGAUGCGCCUCUUCCGGAAGAAGGAGGGUGAGUAGGGAUGGGAGACAGCAGAUGUGCACAGUAUGGCGGCGGAGGCUCGUCAGCGCGCUGCUCGACUGUGUGCUGAUGAAGAGACUUAAGCUCGCAGUCAGGAGGUGGCGGAGGAUGCGCUUCUUCCGGAAGAAGGAGGGUGAGUAGGGAUGGGAGACAGUAGAUGUGCACAGUAUGGCGGCGGAGGCUCGUCAGCGCGCUGCUCGACUGUGUGCUGAUGAAGAGACUUAAGCUCGCCGUCAGGAGGUGGCGGAGGAUGCGCCUCUUCCGGAAGAAGGAGGGUGAGUAGGGAUGGGAGACAGUAGAUGUGCACAGUAUGGCGGCGGAGGCUCGUCAGCGCGCUGCUCGACUGUGUGCUGAUGAAGAGACUUAAGCUCGCCGUCAGGAGGUGGCGGAGGAUGCGCCUCUUCCGGAAGAAGGAGGAUCUAUCGAUGAACCGGCAGGUGUCGACGGACCCGGCACCGUCGACAUCGGGAACUCCCGCGCACUACCCGAGACAACCGCCAGCGGAACUGUUGCAAUUGGAACCAGAUGAAUCUCAAAGGCACAGGGAGCAGUUAUUACGGCAAUACUCGUUCUUCCAGCUCAGGGUACAUCUGAAGCGGGGGCAGAACCUCGUCGCUAUGGACAAGAACGGCUUGUUGGCAGGCACCAGCGACCCGUACGUCAAGUUCAAGGUGGGGGGGCGGUUGCUGCACAAGUCCAAGAUCGUGUACCGGGACCUGAAUCCCGUGUGGGACGAGUGUUUCACGGUGCCUAUUGAGGAUCCGUUUCAGCCGGUGCAGAUUAAGGUGUUCGACUACGAUUGGGGCCUACAAGACGACUUCAUGGGAUCCUGCCACCUGGACCUCACUGCCCUGGAGCUUGGCCGGACCCAGGACCUGGUGCUGUGUCUGCGGGACCCCAACAAGCCCCAGCAUGACAUGGGGGAGAUCGUGCUCAACGUCACUUUAUGGCCGAAGAGUCAGGAGGACAAAGACCAGUAUCUAUUAAAGAACACGCGACUGAGCGACGUGAACAAAAGGCUUAAGGCUCAGAUCUGGAGCUCGGUGGUCACCAUCGUGCUGGUGGAAGCCAAGAAUCUCCCGGCCAUGGAUAUGGACACGAGGUCUAGCGACCCUUAUUGUAAAUUUAGGUUAGGUAACGAGAAAUACAAAAGCAAGGUUGUAUGGAAGUCCUUACAUCCGUCGUGGUUGGAGCAGUUCGACCUGCAUCUCUACGACGAUCAGGAGCAGAUACUAGAAGUCACUGUGUGGGACAAGGACAAACAGACCAAGGACGACUUCCUGGGAAGGUGUACAAUAGAUCUGUCCCGUCUAGAACGCGAAAAGACCCACAGUAUGUGGCAAGACCUAGAAGACGGGAACGGACAGAUCUUCUUACUGCUUACAAUCAGUGGGACCACGCAGAGCGAGACCAUCACAGACCUCACCAGCUACAAGGAGAACCCGAGAGAUAUUGAGAUCAUUGAGAAGAGAUACACAUGGUACUACCUAAACGAGCAGUCGAGCGGCGUCGGCUGGCUCUGCGUAAAGGUGUACGGUGCGAAGGGCCUGGCUGCCGCGGACUUGGGGGGCAAGUCCGACCCCUUCUGCGUGUUGGAGCUGGGGAACUCCCGGCUACAGACUCAUACGGAGUACAAGACGCUCGCGCCUAACUGGAUGAAGAUCUUUACUUUUACAGUGAAAGACAUAAGCUCAAUCCUCGAGCUAACAGUGUACGACGAAGACCACGACCACAAAGUCGAGUUCCUGGGAAAGCUGGCUGUGCCGCUGCUCAGCAUCAGGAACGGGGAGAAACGGUGGUAUGCCCUGAAGGAUAAGAAGAUGAGGACGAGAGCGAAGGGGAACUAUCCGCAGAUACUGCUGGAGAUGACUGUGAUAUGGAACCAGUUGAAAGCCGCGAUCAGAGUAGUUAACCCAAAGGAACCGAAGUACAUGCACCAAGAGGCCAAGUUCAAGCGGCAACUGUUCAUCCGCAACGUCAUGAGACUGAAGGCCAUCAUCAUGUGGUUUAUAGAGAUUGGGAAGAUUCUACAAGACUGCUUUGAAUGGGAGUCGCGCGUGCGCUCGUUCUUCGGACUGCUGGUGUGGCUCGCCUUCUGCUACUACUACGAGAUGUGGAUGCUGCCAUUCCUCAUCCUGGUCUUCUUGACUAGGAACUGGCUCAUUUACAGGCUCACUGUUGAAUACGAAGACACCCGAAUAUUCCAAGCGUUUAAGCCGUAUUUGCCAAGAAUAAGGGGCAAUCCACUGUUACAACCAGUGGAUGAUGAAGACCUGCUAGCCGAGGAAGAUGACGAGGAAGAAGUGGAUAAGGAGGAGAAAAAAUCUCUAAAAGAGAGACUGCAAGCAAUACAGGAGGUGACGCAGACGGUGCAAAAUGCGAUCGGCUACGUCGCCUCAUUAGGAGAAGCUGUUAAAAAUUUAGCGAACUUCACCGUGCCAUAUCUUAGUUACAUUGCCAUCAUCAUGCUGUUUGGAGCCAUGGUGGUUCUCUAUGUGAUACCGAUGCGAUACUUGCUCAUGGCGUGGGGCAUAAAUAAAUUCACGCGCAAAAUUCUCCGGCCACACACGAUACCGAACAACGAAGUUUUGGAUCUGCUAUCGAGGGUUCCGGACGAUGAGACUUUGUUGGACUGCCGUGAGCUGAAGCCCCACACUUCCACCGAGCACCGCCGCGACGCGCGCAAGAAGCACAAGGCCUCAUAACGCGGCAACUUGCGUCGUCGGCUCGCUGACUAUGUCGCCAAGUUGAGGGUUAGGCUCUAGGUUACUUGCCACGGCUUUUGCACAUGUAUAAAGGAAUACUUACUACGACUAACAAAGUGGUGAAAAGAUGCAAAAAGAUUGUCACGUUCUAAAAUUUGACGAACUAGCUUAAGGUGGUAUUCCACCUGUCCAUUUUUUUCCAAUGUGCAUUGCGUCUCACACUCAUUACGCAAAAUGUGAGCCGCAAAUACACAUUGGACCAAUAUAUUGGUCCAGAUGUAAGACCAUCCUUAAGAACGUAAGGAUGAACUACUUUGUGCGUCUCAUAAUUCUUUGUCUUACGUUAACUCUUUGAGCAUCAAGAUCAAGCGCCAAGCGGAAAUCCUGUUCCCCUAACGCCUCGUGCAAUACUGUCUUCUAAGUUGUUAACUGACAAUUCGUAAAUUUCAAUUAACAUACGAUCCCUCAAUGAUGAGUUAAGAGUGUUUGUACCUAUACUUCCAGAGGCGCUUUGUGGCGUAUGGGUUUUCCGUUGACGUGGUACGGGAUAUUUGGCCUACAAAAGGUUAACAAAGACUACAGAGAGUACACACACACACCUUAAAGAAUGACCUCGCCAAAUUAUGUACCCCAUAAAUAUGGUAUGACUAAUGUGUUCAAUAUCCUUUUUAAGUGUUUCCACAGUACCUACAAUAAUUUUAACUAUCAUAGACAUGCGAACUCGAAUCAGAAUUCAUUUCUAGCGAAAAAAACUAACUCUGAUGUCACCAUAGAUAAAAUUAAAUAUAAAUAACGAAAGAGUGGUAACUCCAUACCUACAUCCGUUUUUUUACCAAACGCGAGUUAUUUCGUAGUCCACAUCUAACGUCAAAUAGUGGAAUUAUCAGUUCCGCUACUUGACACCAGUGGCCUAUUUUAUAA